CUUUGCUCUUCUUUCACUCCUUCACUCUUUUUGCGCAAACCCCUCUAUCACGCUCUCUUUUGGUGCGCGUUGUCUACGUUGGCUGACCUCGACGUUCAUUCUCUUGUCACAACACACGCUCAUUCAUUUUUUGUUUUUUUGCGUGUUUUUGCCGCUCUCACUAUCGCUUCAUCUUGUGUGUUGAUCGCCGUCACUUUUUGGGUGACCCCGUGUUACUCGCCUAGACUGCGUCGCUACGACUUCGAUUCAAUCCUUUUCGACCCCUACACCCAACAAGCAACCAAGCCCAGUGGAGGCCUAACGAAAGCCAACAUUCUUUAGCAUCUCGCUGUGACACACCUGCGACGGACUGUCUAGGAAAUCAAGGGAGGGAAUAAGAGGAGGACGAUAUCCCAAAGAGGAAAGCGCAAAUCCAAGGGUCCAGACUCGACGUCACCGACGGCGAAUUCCACCGAGCACUGGAACAGCCAGGCUUCACCCAGCCCCGACCCUCGAGACGGUCCGACAUCAAGUGCCUCUGAUCAGGCAGUCACCAGGAGAAGGAAACAGGACCUACCACAAAGACGAGGCCACCCAUCGACUCUGUUUCCCCAGAAACUCGUUCUCAAACAACCCCGCCGCAUAGUACCUAUUCACCAUGAGAUUCUCAACUCUAGCUGCUGCGGGCUCUGUGGCCCUCUGCGUCGACGCCUUCUGGCGCAUGGAGUGCCGGGUGCGCUCUGGCCUUGCCCGCAUCGACCCGUUGGUCUCUCCGGGUGAAGUGGCACAGCACGUCCACUCGAUCCACGGCUCCGGGGGCUUUGGGCCCUCGGCUACUUAUGACGACCUCAUGAACUCUGACUGCACCUCAUGUGCCGUCGAGCAGGAUAAGUCAGCCUACUGGCACCCGUCCAUCUACUUCAGGGAUGCUGCCACUGGCAAAUACGAGCUUGUCGAACAAAAGGGAGGCAUGUUGGCAUACUACCUGCUUUUCAAGAACUCCAACGAAGACAAGGUCACGGCCUACCCCAAGGGGUUCAGGAUGAUUGCAGGAGACACCACGCGCAGGAACUACUCGACGGCGCUGGGUGAUGUCAACAAACCUGAUCCUGAGAAGUCAAUUUGGAGCAUCUUGGGCCAGACCAGCCAGACGGACCUGCAGCAGCGUGCGCUUGGCUUCAACUGCCUCAACUAUGGCAAGGCCCCCGAGGGCUCCCUGUACCGCCACUUCCUGCCCGACAAGGCGUAUCUGGAUGCCAACUGCGCUAAUGGCGUUCGGUUCGAGCUCAUGUUCCCUUCGUGCUGGGACGGCCAGAAUGUUGAUUCGGAGAACCAUCGCGACCAUGUUGCCUACCCCGACCUCGUCAUGACGGGUACCUGCCCCGAAAGCCACCCCAAGCGCCUCAUCAGCCUUUUCUACGAGACCAUCUGGGACACAUACGCCUUCAAGGGUCGCGACGGACAGUUUGUCAUCUCCAACGGUGACGUCUCGGGCUUUGGAUACCACGGUGACUUCAUGACGGGCUGGGAUGUGAACUUCCUGCAGCAGGCCGCCGACCAGUGCACCAACCCGUCGGGUCGCAUCGAGGACUGCCCACUCUUCAAGAUCCAGGACGAUGCCAAGUCGGCCCAGUGCGGCAUCAAGAUGCCUGACGCAAUCAAGACGGAGCAGCUUCUCAAGGGCCUGGACGCGCUCCCCGGCAAUGUCGCCAUCCAGGUCGGCCCCGCGCCCGCCGUCCCCAACAAGGACCCCAACCCGGCGAAGCCGCCUCCUCCGCCCAGCGCCCCGCCCGCGCCCGUGCUGAGCUACAAGCCCGGCGAGACUGCCACGGCUAGUGGUACCUACCUGCCGGGCCAGGUCUUCAAGGCGACGGAGCCCGUCAAUGCCGGCGUCGCCGCUGAGACUGCGGCGCCUGAGCCGUCCCCCCAGCCUGAACCUGUGCCGCCCGUCGUGGCCGCCGAGGCGUCAACCCCGGCUCCUCCCCCGCCGCCACCCGUGCAGCCAUCAACGUCUUCCACGCCGGCUCCCCCGCCGACAACGCCCGCACCCCCUCCGCCUCCACCGGCCCCGACCUCGGUCGACACGGCGUCGUACGUGAGCACCCAAUACAUCACUGAGGGCAACGUCGUGCGCAAGAUCCUGUGGACCGAGGAGAUCAAGUACGUGACCGAGUACGACGACACCACCACCACCAUCACGGCCCCGGGCGCCGCCAACACGGGUGCCGCCGCCCCCCAGGUGCGCCGACAGCUCCGCCAUCUCCGGCACCACGCCAGGCACCACGUCUAAACCCCACACCAGGAGGGCACAGACAAUAGGUGGCAGGCUGCUUGUUGUGUGUCCCGGGGGUUUUGAGCUCCGAAAUAUUCAAUUCUUGAUGAGAAUAUAUUUGCUGCAUUUGGGAGAUUCAGCCUUCUUGUUUUUGUCGGUUUUUUUUAUUGUGAUGUGGAACGGACGCUACUUCCCCAUAUUUGGGUACCUUUUUCUCUCCUUUAUAUGGCCAUACCUAGGGGUUUGAUUGCUUUUUCAUGUCGCGUCUCUUUGAGUCCCAUUUGCCUCACCUCCCUUUCAUGGUCUCUCAUUCCCACCUAUCCCUUAUCAAUCAUUCGAUGAAAUGUGGAUUGGGUGGCAGCACGAGGGAGAAGAGUCGGGAUGUUUUCGUCCUGGCUCUUCUAGGGAUACACACGAGUUUUUGAGGGGUUUGGAAGAGGGAAAGAGAAAGAAGCAUUUUGAGCGGGAAAUGAGGCAUGGAGGGGAUGGAAGGGAAAAGAGGAAGACAAAAUCCACCAAGAUACCAUCUCGUUUUCGUAAACUCCAAUGGUUAUCCGUGGGCAACCCGUGCUCUUUAUGUUUGUG